CACAGAUGAUCCAGAUAAGAUGAAGAUAUGAAGAUCCAGAGUUUAGGCCCAACAGAGGGUCCCGGGAAAACGGCGGCCAUCAUAACUACUAUCAUACCUAGUAGUUCCGGGUGCGAGUUCUGUUCUGUUCGACUCGACAUGGAAACCCGCCCAUGCACGCACCCGCCGAGCCACAACCAAGUCUGCACAGCUUCAUCGUUCAUCAUGGGACCCCGACGACGCGGCCGCUGAGUGCUUGGCAGAAGCCAAUGCGGUAGUUACAUCAACCUGCAUAUGCAGCUGCAGCCUGCAGCAGUGCUGGGCGUGGACACCAACCAACGAAUGCGUACCACCACCUCAUCGUAUCGAUCAUCUGUACAGAGCUGUUCGCCUUGCGAAUCAUACGGUAGUGGUUGUAUGAUAGCAGUAUCAAUUCAGCAGUGGUGGUGGUGAUGGUGGUGGUGGUGGAGAGGAUGUACGUACUCGUGUCUGCGUAGGUACUCCCUCCCUUCCCUCCCCUCCCCAUGCGAGUAUGCGCGCAAUCCUCAGCGAAAAGCUCGCGG